AUGGCUGACAAAUUCCCCGAGAUAGAUACACACACAGACGAUGCUACUGCGACAGACUCCGACUUCUUAUCGCGUGAAAAGGAGCUUGUAGGUGAUGAAUUCGCCACUGAUCAGGAUAAAGUUUUGCAAGAAGAAAGCGAUGAAGAGAUUAAUGAUUUCAAGGAACAAUUCCCCGAGGUUGAUGGAUCAACUCACGCUGGUUUUGAGCAAUCAAAGAGCGUGUCACAAGGUGACGGCCAUGAUAACGAAGACGACAACGAUGAUGAUGAUGAUGAUGAUGAAUUCGAAGGUUUUGAAUCUAAAUCACACAAUGCCAGUACAAGUGGGUCACAAGUCAAGGAUCUUUCGCAAUCUGAACCUAUAAAGGAAUGGAAGCAACGCAGGGACUUGGAGAUUGAAGAACGUGAAAAAGUUAAUUCGCAAAAGAAACAAGAUAUAUUGAAGAAAGCGCAACUGACCAUUGAUGAUUUCUAUGAGAAUUACAAUGCUAAAAAGGAAACAGGCUCCAAAAAGUUGCAAAAAGAAGAAGAAGAGUUUUUGAAAAAGAGGGAUGGUUUCUUGAAGAAUGGAACAUUAUGGGAUCGUGUUUAUGAAUUGAUUGAAGGUGUAGGUGAAUUGAACACCGGUGAUAAGGAUAAGGAGGACCCAGUAGUGAGUCUGAGGGACAAGAGCAGGUUCAAUGAGGUAUUGAAGAAAUUAAAGGGCAAGGCCGAUGUGCCAGGUGCUGGUGGAUACCAGGAGUAA